AUGGAUAUUGAUGUAGUUUGGAGAGAAGAAAACAAGGUUGCAACAAUAGCACAAGACUUUAAGAUUCCUGAGGUUUUAGAGAAGUAUCGCAUUGGAGGGACUAUUGGCUUUGGUAAAGAUGGUCGACCUAUCUUUCUGGAUCCAUUUGGUCUAAUUGAUUUCAAAGGCCUUCUACAUUCAGUGACACAGACAGACAUAAUGAAGUUCUACAUCCAACGUUUCUCUGGUCUUAAUGACCUUAUGAUUCAACAAUCAAGGAAGUUGAAUACCAAGGUUGAAGGAAUCCAUUUUAUUAUGGACUUUGAGCAUCUUGGAAGACAGCAUCUCUCAAGGCCAUCUACUCAGCUACAAAUUUCUGUUGUGAACUUGUGCGAGGAUCAUUUUCCAGAGUUGUUGUAUCGUGUAUACAUCCUUCGUAGUCCUCGUCUCUUUCCUCUCCUUUACUCUCUUGUCAGUCCUUUCCUUGGUGAACGCACACGCAACAGGACAGUCUUCUGUAAAGAUAACUUUGCAGAAGUUCUUCUUAAGAACAUUGAUGCAGAGGUACUUCCAAGAUAUUGGGGAGGAACCAGGGAGGAAGAUGGCGAUGGUCAAUGUCCUUCUAUUGUAAGAAGAGGAGGGAAGGUUCCUAAAGAAUUCUAUCUGACAGGAAAAACAUUGUCCAUUGAUCCAUCUCAGAUGACCAAGAAGGAGAUCUCUAGCCGUGGAUCAUUAGAGCUCACAUACCUUGUCACAAAGCAUAAUAGUCUCAUUAAUUAUGAGUUCCGGACCCAGGACAGUGACAUUGCGUUUGGGAUCAAAUUCAUAGGAGAGGAUGGAACCAAGACUGCAAUCAUUGAGUCUCAAAGACUCAAUUGCCAUCGAGUUCCAGAAAUGGGUAGCAUUGAUCUCAAAGAUCCAGGAACAUAUGUAGUCAAGUUUGACAACAGCUACAGCUGGACAAAGAGUAAGAAACUACAUUAUUGGAUUGAGCUUCUAGAACCCGAUGAUAAGGCAGAGGAAGACAUCGAGAAACAGGAUCAUCAGGUAGAUGAUCCAGACUUCUUACCAGCUGAAGAAGGCUAGUAAUCUUCAUACUAUCAAACCAUGGAUAUUGGAACAAUUCCGAGUAGCCAAAAAUGAAAUGGAGACGAAGGAUGAUUUUCAUUAAAAUGUGAUUAUAGCCCCUGUAAACUGCCAUUGGGUUAAAUUUAAGAUCAUGCAACUGAACAACUGCAACUGCCAAUUUCAAAUCUCUUAGAAACCACACAAAUCUGUUUGACUUACAAGAUCUUUGGCUUGAGGAGAAGUCAAUAUUACAUGUUUUGCAGAAAGCUCCGUUUUACUUCGGGAACUAUUUGAUUCUAUAUGGGAGGUUGACCUUUCCUUACUUUACUGUAUAUUUGUAAUGAACCGAAAUUAGGUGUAAUUCAGAAAAUACUUUCCUCUAAGACAUAUCUGCACUGAGCCUGUUAUAAAGAACUUCAUUCAUGACAGGAUACUCAUUGGCAAAUUUUAACAGAAAUUAAUACAAUAAAGAUGAAUUUAUAGAUAAAAUCUGGUACUAUUAAAGAUUAUAUUAAAGAAAAUAUAAUGUUCACAGAAUUGAUCAAAACUUACACAGAAUUAUAUUUUUGAAAAUAAUAAAUAUCUACCAAACAAUUUUUCAGGAAAAUGUAAAAGUACAGAUUACUGAGCAAAUGAAGAUCAGAAAAUUGAAAAAUGAUGAUCCUUUUAUAGUGUGAUCCCACAUGCUUUUUCCUGUGUUAGCUACACGAGAAAAAGCACAUGGUAAUGGCAUGAAUAUAAUUUUGAGCAAGCCUGAAUUAUUUUGAUUAAACUUUGUUGUUCUAAAUAAGUAUUCUGGCAUAUGAUAAACACUUUAGGAUUGGUUCCAACCAUUUACUAUCAAAAUUGGCUUACUAUACUAGAACUUAUACUUGGCUUUAAUGUAUAAAAAUCCCAAUGUAGGAUGGGGUAUGAAAAGAUAUUUUAUAAUAAUAAUAAUAAUAUAGGUAUAUUUAUCCAGGGAAGCCACUUCAGUUCUGAAAACUGUUCUCCCAGCGGGCCCUGCUAUUAUUAUUACCCCGGCUUUAUCUCUUAUUUUCUGGGGUUGAGUAUAUAUUGGUGCCGUUCUGUGUGGCUAAAUCAAAUCUCAGACAGGCUCUGCUAAUGAAUCAAGAUUAUACAAAGACUAAAUGGCUGAAUAUUAUUGAAGGAUGUUAAGUUAUUGAUAUCUGCAAAAGUUUGUGAACUGUGUUAAAUUAUUGCUACCUCAAAAGGACUUUCUGUUGGAGUUAUUUUUUCAACAUGUGACCAAAUCCUGAGACAAAUUUUCUUCUUUCAAGUGUAUACUAUCACUUUUUGUUUUACUAGAGAUCACCAACUUCAAGCCCCAAUAUAAUUAUGUUGCCAACACUGGUGUAAAUUCAUAACGUCAUGCUAUUCAUGUGGGGGAAUGGAACAAUAGAUCAUCGCCCUUGAACAAUAGGAUAACUGCAUGGAUUUACACCAGUGGUUGCCAAUCAACAACCAAUGAUAUGAUCAGUUUGUUAUCCUAUUCUGUGUGCUUUCAUGGGGUCCCAGCUUCUAUUGCGGUUGUACCUUUGACUCUAUUAUUUAUUUCCUUGUAUUAUAUAAGCAAACAUGCAGGCUCGGUAAAGUAAAUUUAGUUGAGCUCCCAGGGAGCAAUAACUGAAAAUCAGGGAACUCUUUUUCUACAUUUACAUCAUGUUGUCAUACUGUCAACCACGACCAAUAAUUAAAUGAUUUUCCAAAUUGCUUUAUUUUUUUUUUGCAAACGAUCAAUUUUUCAUGUUAUUUUUUCAUAGAAUUCUCAACUCUAUCAUUUAUUGCUCUUAAUUCAUGGCUGGUGCAAUUAGGCAUUCAGGUGGGUUGAGGGACAUAUCAAAAAGCCCAAUUAUUUUGUUUUUAGAAAAGUCUCCCUUGAUUGCACGACUGUAUUUUUCUUCUCUAUGGCCCAUUUUAUGCACUUGAGUUUAGCUCAAACUCUCGUCUAAAGUUGUGAUUUAACUGUGGAUAGCCAAUAUGGCACUAAUCUCUAACACAUGAGGUUCAAUAUGUCAGUAUAUUGGGUACUCAAUUCAUUCAUAAUUGUCUGGAAACAACAAUAGUUUUCUCAACCAUAUAAAGCAUUGGGAAAGAACACAAAAAACACAAGAAACAUAUAAUGUAAAAUGACAUUUUUGGCUUUCAAAAAAUUUCAGCAAAGUUGGAUAGUUGCCCGACUUAGAUUUGACUUCAGAAUAUUAGGUCUAUGUGUUUAGAUUAAGAAGAGGUAUUAUUCACUCUAAUGAUCUAUCAUAUUUUGAGUCUAUCAUUUCUUUCUGAAAUGCUUUCUUUAGCUUAUGAUCUAUACUUGAUAAGAUUUACCAUGGCUGGUAGAAUCCAUAACACUGAUUUAAGUCAAUGUUCAACGUGCUUCUACAUGUUUUCCAAUACCAAUACCUAUUGGGGAAUUUACAUAUAUAGUACAUAUCAGCAUUCAUCAAUGCAUAAAGAAUGUUGUUUUUAAGCAUGUCCCAACUGAAUUCUAUGUAUAUUAAAGUAAGUGGUACUAUGUGAUAGGUGUAUUAAUCUCAUUAAAUGAAUGUUCUUUAUUAAUGUUUUGUAAUAUAUGAAAGAAGGUUAUUUUCCAUUCACUAUUCAUUUAUGAAUGAUUCGCUAUGCUUUGAAAGUAAUUUGACAAGAUCUGCAUAGUUUUUAUGUUGACUUAUCAGAAUGUAAACUGUAAAUACUACUUUGUGGGAUUGGUCCUCAUUGCUCUCAUUUACCAUAUGUAUUUUUUUUUUAUGUUAAUAGCUGCUUAUUUGAAUUUUAUGAUAAUUUCUUUUAUCAUGUCAUUUUAAGAAGUAUUCUUUUAUACACAUUUAUAAUGCUGCAAAAAAAGUAUAUCAUUUUUAUUUUGUGCUUUUCUUGUUGUUAUGGUAUUACUGCCCAAGGAAACAGGGUCUUAUACAUUGUAAUUGCCUCUGAAACUGAAUGUUAGAAAUUUAACAAACUCCCCCACCCCCUUUGUAUUCAUGUUUUUCCUCUUAUUUCAGAGUCAAGCCAUGAAGGCUGGCUCACACCUUUGCAUGUUGCAGUUUGGGUCAGCUGCAUAUUGCCGAACACAGGCAGACACAACAAAGCACAAUGAAACAAGAUAGUACGAGGUCGAUACACAGACUAAACUGAAAGCUUCAGUCGCUUGUCAGACUGAUUUCAAAUGGUCAUUAUUUUAUUUAUAUUCCACAUAUGAAAUCAUUGUGCUUCUCUUCAUGUAGAAUUUUGGAAAAACUAGUAAAGAUCUUAGAAAAAAUGUGCUCAAGCCAAUGCUUGUUUUACUACUAGCGUGUAUGUAAACUGCACACACUCAUCUUGCUCUUGAUUAAAGAUAAUUGUGAUGUCACAAAGGAAUUUUACCGUCACGAUAUGUGAUGGAAAAUAUAGAAAAAUUGAGAGGCAAUGCACUAUUUCAAAUUGAUGAAGUUUUGUGUUAUGGGCUGAAGUAAUCCGACAAGUCUUUAUGGUGAUUGAUGGGUUAAGUAAAAUUUUUCACAUGAUUUUAAUUUGUUACCAAUCCUAAGCAAAAUUCUUAGUAUAUGGUAUAUGACAUUGAUUGAAUUUACAGCAAUGUUGAUGUAGUACUUAUUGAAUCUGAGUUUUAUAUGUACAGCAGAGAAAUUUCAUAUUGAUUCAUAUAUCUGUGUGUUCCCACUUGGCUAUAUUUGUAUUCCAUACCAGCAGGCUUCAUCAUAAAUGUGUAUAUCUUGGGGGAUAAUUUAAAGACAAUUGAAAUAUUAUAAUUAACAUGUUGUUAUGAAUAUAUAUUCAUCAAAGAUAUACAUAUAUUUUUCUAAAUAGAGAUUUCUGUAUUUAGUGAUUUGGUUACAUUAUAAGGAAGGGAAGCUCUAAAUUCAAAUCUAUGGUUAGAGAAUGUUAUUUUUAUAUGAAGGAUUAAUGUCUGUAAAUGAACCAAGUAUAUGUGACCAUCAUUGUACCGGUGUAUUCAUGAAAGCUGAAUUUGCUGAAAAUGCUUACUGAAACUUGAACAAAUCAAGAAAAAAGUACUUAUAAUAUAUUCCUGUUAAUCAUAACAUUUUAAUGUCUUUGUUUUAUUGGAUGUGGCACUGUAUUACCCAUUCCAUGUAUUCAGUACUAAUGUUUUAUCACAUUUUAUCAUUAUAAAUAAAAUCAUGAAUGGUUUUUAAACAUACAA